CAGGAAAUACAUUUAUACGGAAGUAGAGGAAGAAAUGGACACCAAUCAGUCGAAUAAAAAUGUUUCUAAGUUGAGCGAGCUGUGACUUACUUUGAAAACAAGUUUCUCUGGGGAGAGAGAGAGAGAGAGAGGGAGACCACUGCCUCUAAAACGGGUCACAUCUGGGGAGAGAGAGAGAGAGAGAGACCACUGCCUCUAAAACGAGUCACAUCUGGGGAGAGAGAGAGGGACCACUGCCUCUAAAAUGAGUCUGUCUGGGGAGAGCGAGGAGAGAGGCACUGCCUCUAAGAGGAGGUAUUCUGAGAGAGAAGAGAGGGCCAAUGCCUCUAAAAAUAGUUUGCCUCAAGACACCAGUAAGAGAGACCAUGUUGGCGAAUGUUGUGUCAAGUCUGGACCUGAGGACACCAGAGACCAUGGUGGAGAGAGUUGUAUCAAGCCUGGACCUGAGGACACCAGAGACCAUGGUGGAGAGAGUUGUAUCAAGCCUGGACCUGAGGACACCAGAGACCAUGGUGGAGAGAGUUGUAUCAAGCCUGGACCUGAGGACACCAGAGACCAUGGUGGAGAGAGUUGUGUCAAGCCUGGACCUGAGAAAUGGAUUCCUCAGAGCUGUAAGACUUGUGACCAUGUUGAGGACUCCACACACUGGCUUCAGAUUGAACCCUUGACUUCCACUGUCCAGGGAGGGACAAUGUUCAGACACAGGACACCCAAAGGGAGUUAUGAGUGCACAGUGUCUGGGCUCCGCUGGCUGUGUGAGAGAGAUGUCAUUCUGAAGUAUCACCUCAGGAACUGGGAACCCUACAGUCAACUUCUGAAAGACAUGCGUACCGCACAAGGUGGUCCAUUGCUGGACAUCACUAUGGAGUUAGGUGAACUGGAGGAAGUUCAUCUGCCACACUUUGUCUGUUUAGGGACCAACCCUUCCCUGAGGAAUGAGAUGAAGAUUCUUCAUGUAGAGGAACAUGGAGUGUCUUUAGAGGAAGUGCAUGAGGUCACCAGAUUCCAUGCUAAGAUUCUCCAUCCCAAGUCCUCAUCGGUCUCUGUUGUACUGAACAAAAUCGCCUGUUGGAACGUAGAUGUCCACUGUGACGUGAUCCUCUAUUUGGCAGUAAAAAGGUCAACAGUAAUUUCAAGGCUGUACCUGCUCCUCAGAAACUCCAGUCAGAAAGAGGCUGUUCAGGACCGGGAGAAAAAUCAGCUGUCCCAAGGAUAUUCUGAAUUUCUCCUGUCAAGUCCAAACGGGUCCUUAAAGCUGAACAAUUGGUUUGCACUCAAGAAUCCCCUCUCCACCUCCAUCAAUCCAGAGAAGAUUCAGCUGUUACCUGCAGACACCACACCAAGCUGUUGUAAGAUGAUAAUGGGAAACACAGGGGUUGACAUUGAGAUGGAGUUAAUCGGGGAUGAUGAGAAGACAGCGUGGAGAGAUAUGCUACAAGCAGAUCAAUACAUCACUGACACCCAUUCAACUAGUGCUGUGUUGGGGGCAGGGCGUCCGGCUGAGAGCAGUCUGACUGGUUCUGCAGAGCAGCAGCUGCGUUCUGUACGGACAGAGUUUGUGAAACGAGUGUCAAGACCUGUCCUGGAUGUUCUGCUGGAAAGACUCCUGCAACACACAGUCAUCAACCAGGAGGAAAUGGAGUCAGUGAAGGUGAUCGCUGAGAGGGCAGAGAAGGCACGUGACAUCAUCGACAUGGUGUUGAGAAAAGGAACUGAGUCGUGUUCCAGGAUGAUCAACCUUCUUGGGGAGCUGGAUCCCUGUCUUUGUUCACAGCUUCAGAUCAAUGUUAGGGUACCAACCUAAUGGUAGAAUGGAUAGUAACAGUGUUGGGGUACCAACCUAAUGGUAGAAUGGAUAGUAACAGUGUUGGGGUACCAACCUAAUGGUAGAAUGGAUAGUAACAGUGUUGGGGUACCAAAUACAAAAAUAACUGUACAAAUGUUAUGGAGACACAAUGUUGUGUAAAAAAAACAUUGAAUAUAAUUGGAAUAAUUUGGACUGGGGAGACCUACUCCUAGAUCAACACGCCUAUUCAAUGUUUAGGAUUACCCUGAAUGCUCCCCCCCCCCCCCCCCCCCAAAAACAGGAUAGGGACCUACCUGAAUUUGUCCAAAAUAUAAAAAAAUCCAACUAUUUGCAACAACUAUUUUGUUUUCAAAACGCUGUGCUACUGUGGGUGACUAAUGAAUACACCCCUGAUCUGACUGGGCUGUAAAUCUUUGUCAAAAAAAUGCAGCAACCUCCACCACCCUCUUCAGAGGACACAUCUCUUAGUUUUUUUCCACAGCUUUUUUACUACACAUACAUACAUAUGCAUGUAUACACACACAUUUGCCAUAUAUAUUCUUUAUUGAGCUGUGAUGUUUUACUCAAUGUUUGAAUCUUUCUAAUCGUAUAGUAUCCACAUAUUGUGAGCUGAAGAUGAAAACCUUUCCUGCGAGUAUUAUUAUAUAUUAUUAGAUAGUAUUAUUAUAUAUUAUAUUAUAUAUUAUUAUAUAGUAUAUAUUAUAUAGUAUUAUUAUAUUAUAUUAUAUAUUAUUAUAUUGUAUAUAUUAUAUAGUAUUAUUAUAUAUUAUGUUAUAUAUUAUUAUAUAGUAUAUAUUAUAUAGUAUUAUUAUAUAUUAUUAUAUAGUAUAUAUUAUAUAGUAUUAUUAUAUAUUAUUAUAUAUUAUAUUAUAUAUUAUUAUAUAGUAUUAUUAUAUGAUUUUCUAACCAUUCCUGAACCUAUGACCAGAAACUAGCUACAUCAGGGCAAUACCAGAAUAAAUGAUCUAUUUAUUCUGUCUCUUCGCAACAAUAUCUACAGAGCUGAGAUUGUUGUAUUGUUGCCCCAUAUAUAUAGCAUUCUGUAAGCGGCAAUAAUUUUAUAUAAUCAUUUAAAUUGAAAAACUCGUUGAAUUAAGUGUUGUUGUUUUUUUGUACCAGUUCAUAAACCAUGUGCCAUGGAAUUGGUAAAUCGAAAAUCUCCUCCCAUUUAUUUUUUGUCGCAGCUGUCAACAUGUUUGCCCUCAGAUGAAACUGGUAUAUUUUUCCAUUUAUGCCAGUUCCUUUCAGCCAAUUUGUAUCUUUAACCUGUCUAGGACACACGUUCCGCUAGCAACAACAUUCCGCUUAAAAGGCAGCGCGGAAAAUUCAAAAAUAUAUUUUUUAAAUAUGUAACUUUCACACAUUAACAAGUCCAAUAGAGCAAAUGAAAGAUAAACAUAUUGUUAAUCUACCCAUCAUGUCCGAUUUAAAAACGUUUUAUAGCUAAAACACAACAUAUGAUUAUGUUAGAUCACCGCCAAGUCCAAAAAACACCCAGAAAAAUAAAUUCUCUGCCAUGUUGGAGUCAACAGAAAUACGAAACUACAUGAUAAAUAUUCCCUUACCUUUGAUGAUCUUCCUCAGAAUGCACUCCCAGGAAUCCUAGUUCCACAAUAAAUUGUUGUUUUGUUCGAUAUUGUCCAUUAUUUAUGUCCAAGUAGCUACUUUUCUUAGCGCGUUUAGUACACACAUCCAAACGCUCGUGCAGGUCCAGGCGAACGUCGGACGAAAACUAAAAAAAAAAUUAUAUUACAGGUCGAAUAAACUUGUCAAACUAACUAUAGAAUCAAUCUUUAGGAUGUUGUUAUCCUAAAUAUUCAAUAACGUUCCAACCAGAGAAUUCCUUUGUGUCUAUAGAAAUAAUGGAACGCAAGUCGAUAUCAUUUGGAAUGCGCGUGACCAGGACCGGGCACUCUGCCAGACCACUGACUCAAACAGCUCUUAUCCGACUCAACAUCACAGUAGAAGCUUCAUUCAAUGAUCUACAGACUGUUGACAUCUAGUGGAAGGCGUAGGAAGUGCAAACAGAUCCAUAUCCCACUGGGAUUUCAAUAGGCGAUGAGUUGAAAAUCGACCAGCCUCAGAAUUCCCACUUCCUGUUUGGGCUUUGCCUGCCAUAUGAGUUCCGUUAUAUUCACAGACAUCAUUCAAACAGUUUUAGAAACUUUAGAGUGUUUUAUAUCCAAUAGUAAUAAUCAUAUGCACAUAUUAGCAUCUGGGACAGAGUAGGAGGCAGUUCACUUUGGGCACGCUAUUAAAGUGAAAACGCUGCCCCCUAUAUGGCAGACAAACAAGUACCUUCUCCCUUUUCCACUUGCCUCCUCCAUUUUAAAGUAGUGCUGCCGUAAGUUGGUUGUAAAUGUGGAUUGAACAGACAUUCUGAUAUAUUUUCAAUAACUGCAUAUGUGACAACUCCAUUUCUAUUCAUAAUAUCAUAAAUAAAUAUAAUACCAUUUUUUUUUUAAUUCAUAAAGAAUGUUUUUUUUUUAAAUUAAUCAAUAUAUUUGAGUUUAACCAUUACAUUUGUUGAACUAUUUUUUUCUACCUUUUACGGAGUAUAAAACUGAAAUUGUAACCAGCUUUGUAUGGCUUGUUGAAGAAAGGGCGGUACUUUUAACAAAAUGUAAUUUUCAAUUAGUCAGACAUGAGAAGUUGUAAUCUGUAUAAAGGCAAAAAACUAUUUUUAAACAAAGGAUGAGAUUUUCUUAAUCUACUGGAGAACCAUUUUGGGUUUAAUUAAUUAUAAUUUAUGUAUGAGGGAAGAUUUUAGUGAGAGGUUUAAAGCUUUAAUUUUAGCCCCCCAAACUCAUAUUCAUUAUUUAAAUGGGCACGUUUAAUUUUGUCUGGCUUAGCCUUCCACAUAAAAUUCAAUACAUUUUUCUAAGCAAUUAAAUAUAGUUUUUGGUUCCUAAAA